UGAUAAUGAUUGUAAUGACAGUGUGCAUUGGAAAGUACUUAUGAGAGCAAUAACAACAAACAGUUGGACUUAAAGCUGCACUAUGUAAGAUUUUUUUGGGUUAAAAAUGAACAAAUUGCCAUUAUUGAUUAAGUACAUAAACAAUCAGUGUUCAAAACAAUGUCCUUACCUUACUCUGAUUCAUUAGGGUAAGCCUAUAAAAAUAAUAUGUAUUUUGAGCUGUCGGAUCGGAGUUGUUGCGAAAUCGCUGGCUUAUGCCGUUCCUCUUUGCGUCAUGAUGUCAUGUACGUAAACACAGGAAAGAAGUACCGGCUGGUACAGGACGCUGUUCAGUUCAGUCAGUCGCAAUCAUGCAGUUCAGGAUGGCAUCACUGCAGUCUGGAUGGAUGUUUAUCUGUGAUCCGUUUGGCAAAGGUAAUCAGGACGCCCCAGCACCCCCAGAAACAAUGGCCCAGCCUUACCCAUCGGCCCAGUUUGCACCCCCUCAGAAUGGCAUUCCUGCUGAGUACACGCCGUCCCACCCCCAUCAGGCUCCAGACUACCCGGGCCAGGCCCCCGUGGCUGAGCACACGCUGAACAUGUACCCCCCUGCGCAGACGCACAGUGAGCCCAGCGGGCCAGACACCAGCAUACAGGCAGUCUCUGGCACAGCCACACAGACAGACGAUUCAGCACAGACAGACAGCCAACAGCAAACACAGUCAUCUGAAAUCACAGAAAUCAAAACACAGCCCAAGAGGCUCCACGUCUCCAACAUCCCCUUCAGGUUCAGAGAUCCAGACCUCAGGCAAAUGUUUGGCCAAUUUGGUAAAAUCUUAGAUGUUGAAAUCAUAUUUAAUGAGCGAGGAUCAAAGGGUUUUGGUUUCGUAACUUUCGAAAGUAGUGCUGAUGCGGACAGGGCCAGAGAGAAAUUACACGGCACGGUGGUAGAAGGUCGUAAAAUAGAGGUUAACAAUGCAACAGCACGGGUUAUGACGAAUAAAAAGACCGUCAACCCAUAUGCAAACGGCUGGAAAUUGAAUCCAGUCAUGGGUGCAGUCUACAGCCCAGAAUUCUAUGCAGUGCCAGGCUUCCCAUACCCAGCAGCCACGGCGGCGGCAGCGUACAGAGGCGCACACUUACGAGGAAGAGGGCGUACCGUCUACAAUACAUUCCGGGCAGCCGCGCCUCCCCCACACAUCCCAGCCUAUGGAGGUGUUGUUUACCAGGACGGAUUUUAUAGUGCAGAUAUUUAUGGUGGUUAUGCUGCCUACCGAUAUGCUCAGCCUGCUACUGCUACCGCUGCUGCAUACAGUGACAGUUACGGACGAUUUUAUGCUGCCGACCCCUUUAACCACGCACUUGCUCCAGCAGCCACAUACAGCGUUGGUGCCAUGAAUCCUUUUGCUCCCUUGACUGAUGCCAAGACCAGGAGCCACGCCGAUGAUGUGGGUCUCGUUCUUUCUUCUUUGCAGGCUAGUAUAUACCGAGGAGGAUACAGUCGUUUCGCACCAUACUAAAAACCUAUCAAAACCUAUUGAGAAUCUUCCUGUGGGGGUAAAGGAGGAGUAAUUCAGAGGCCUGGGUAUUGCAAUACAUGCAGUAGUGCAUCAUUUUAGCAUCUCUUAAGAGAGAGAAGACAAAAACGGAUAUUUUUCAUCUUAUACCUCAGAUAUUUUGUGCUGUGUAUUUUAAUAUUGUGGGUUUUUAAUUUCUAAAGAUUACAUAGAUUGUCGGCUGUAGAGGUUUCUGUGGUGAUCUAGAGAGCUGCUAGAUUUUAAAAAGAUUUAAAAAAAAAAAAGAGAUACAAAUUGUUAGGGCUUUAUCAUGUAAAUGAGUUAUGUAUGAUACAUUUUCAAGUCACCUUUGGGUUAUCAUAUUUUGUAAUGAGAGUGUAAGUGACUAGAGUCAUCCAGUGUUUUCUGCUUUUGUUGACAUCGCCUUUUGUCUUUCCUUGGUUCCUUUCAUUUCUGGGUUCUGUGCCGUAGAGGAGGAGAAAGGGGGGUUGUGGGUAGGAAUAGAUAGGCAGACAUCUCUGUGGUGGGUGAAAGACUGGGCUGGCAGUAGACACAGAGCUGGCUCGAGAGACCACUGAGGUAUUGAUUAUUUAAGCUGUCUUAUAUCAGUCAUUACUCAAAGCCAAAGGUUAUGUUCCUGGGGUGUUCAAUGUGUAUAUUCCGAUUAUACAUAGCAGCUCAUAGAAACUCCCCAAAAAUUCACCAUGACAGUAUUUUACUGUUUAACCAUUAUCUAGUCCUUAAGUCAGACCCUUACUAGUUUAGGCCUAACACAAGAUGUUCUUUUUAUAUAACAGUACUUCCAGUACACUGAUUGAUAUAAAUGCUGACUUUUAUAAUAUGGGAGAGAUAAUACAUGAAAAAAAAGACGGCGACAGUAGUGCCAAUUAUAUUUUUUGUUUUUGUUUUCCUUUUGUUUUUCAGAAGUAAAGAAACUCUGAUUAUUUGUACAAGAUGAGAGUGGAAAAAAAUAAACUAACAGUGUAUUAAAUUUGAUCUGUGCAGUGGAAAUGUUCUCUUAUACGAAAAACACAACUGUAUAAUGUUUUAGAUUUAGUGUGGUAGACCAACUGUUAGAGAAAGGUGUCUCAUUUUUUAUGGAAUCAUACACAGAUUUAUAUCAACACUUUAAAAGUAAUGCAAUCAUUAUGUAGAUAUAAUCAUAGUAUUUUUGUCAACUGUACAAUUUUGCACACACAACCUGCAAUUUUUUCAUCUCUCCACACUUGUGGAACGUUCCGUUGUCUGUUUCAUUUGGUUUCCUGCUUCUUCUUUCGAGUGUUUCAUUUUGAUAUCAUUUUUAAUGUGACAUCCUUUGUACUAUUAUUUUCUAGAACACAGCCUUUACACUUUGAAACUGUUUGAUUAUCAAGAAACUGAGAAAUAUAUGACUUGUGAAAAAGAUAUCUAUAUGUAAAUAGGAACAAUGAUGAUAACUAUGUCAUUUACAAGUGCUACACAAACAAGCUGUCAAGGUGUUCUUGAAGAGUCACAGCUUGACUGUGCAUACGCGAAGACUUCCCUUCAUGUUGUUUACAAGUAUACCUAAUUAGAGGUGUUUGUCACAUAUCUCAUUUUUCUUUAUUUUGUAUUUAUAAAAGUUUAAUUGCGUAAAAUACAAACAAAAGAGCAGCUUUAGUUUAGCUAGCUGCAAAUAUCCUCGUGUACUUUGUGCGCGUCACAUCACACAAACUUGGCAAAAAUAUCGUACCCACUGCUGUGAUUCUGCUCUUUCUGCUUUAAGUACGUGUUGUGGACAAGCUUUCUCCUUGUCAUUGUAUGUGCAUGCACUAUGAUCUGCAUAACAAUAACCAUCAAUAAAGUUUCUCAAGAUA